UGCAUAACAAUAGCGCAUGUGAUGUUACAGUGAACAGUGUUAAAUGAUGUUAUUUCAAAAGUUUCCUCUUAAACAUUGUGCUCUAUUGAUUUAGGCGGAACCGAUGUAUGGAAAGUUGAAGCCAAUUGUUUGCUGAUAUUUAAGUGCGCUUCUCCGUAUCGUAUUAGUAAAGUUUUUCGUAAUAACUAAAGCUACUUAAUAUGAUGAUGUUGUUGUUUCUUACUUUUCAAUUGCAUUUUAUGGAGGAUAUAAUCUUAUAAAACAAUACAUUAAAAGUUUAUUUUGAAAAAAUAUAUUUGUAAAGGAUUUCAAGAAUGGAUUUAAAGAAUCUGUGGAUAUUACAUUUAGUGAUUAUUUUGAAAGAAGCCUCCUCGGAAGAGGAAGUUAUAUGCCGGGAACCAUGGACGCGCAUCCACCGCUCAUGCAUCUUCUUCAACACCACUUUGACGAACCAAUCGGAAGCAGCCGCCGGGUGCGACACAAUGGGCGGGUACCUACUUGUGUUCAGCAACGUUCAAGAACAUGAAGGUGUAAAAAAUGAAACUAGGAGGAUAUUCCUCGAGCUACGGUCAACAAAAUACCUGGAAUGGUGGGUUGGGCUAGAGUUUGAUAGCAAAACCAAAACGUGGAACUGGGUUAGUGACGAAGAAUUCAACAAGAAACUAACUGAAUGGGCGCCGGGAUGGCCGAAUAAAGAUAAAUGUGCUGCGUUCAACUACAAGUGGAGUCUUAAGGAUAACAAUUGUACAAUGGAACGCCCGUUCAUAUGCGAACAAAACCGUACAGUUUUAACAAGCACAACCGCCCCUACAACUCCCUCUACUACUGUUCCGCCAGUCACCACCACUGGGGAGAUGGUAACGAAACAAGAAUCCAAUUCCGGUGAUCCGAAAAUCAUAACGGGAUCAACGGAUCAACCACCAAACUCUGUUAAGCCUACCAGCAAAACCAACCCGCCAGCGCCGACGGCACCGUCUGCUGAGAGAGAAAGGGAAGCUGAAUUGGAAAAAUUUAAGGACUGUUACGCUGUGAACUACGAGAGCACGUGCCCACCCGUGCAGGCGUUCGGGAUCUCGUGGCCGCGCUCAAACCCAGGGCCUGUGAAGGUCCAGUGUAAACACGGAAAUGCAAUGUGGCACUGUUCUCGGAGCCCAGUUGUGUGCUGGCGAAGAAAGCCCAAUGUUCAACAGUGUACUUCCCCGGCUGUCCAGAAUCUUACCAGACAGAGCGAAUCGUUUUUGGAGGAUCCAGGUAACGAGGAGGCGACGCUGGCGUUCACCGAAAGUUUGGCGACUGCGGGCGGCAACCCGGCCAUGUCGGAGCAGGAUCUCUACCAGAUGACCGUCCUCUUGGAGACGGCUGGUCGCGCCCAGCCCAACAACGCCUCACAGGCCAAAACCAUCAUAAAGGACGUCCUUAAGUGUGGAAGCGGUCUUGUCGCCAAUGACAAGAAGAGCACGUGGGCGGGAAUGGAGCCGGCGUCACAACGGAUUGUUGCCGCCUUCCUUAUGCGUUUCCUCGAGAACGUGACGUUGGUGAUGGCGGAAACGUUCACGGAGCCCGGGGUUCAGACGAUUGAGAACGAGAACAUAGCCAUUGAAGUGCACGUGUUGUCAAUGGCGAACACGCUUCCAGGGGAGGGAAAUGUGAAGUUUCAAAGGGAAGACAACUCUUUCUACAUACCUGAGGAAAAUAUACUAGCUCAUAGCUCAGGCGGCAUAUCGCGGGCGAUAUUCCUGGAGUAUCGAACAUUUGGCAGACUGUUGAAACCCCACGAGCCAGUGGAUGUGACGUCAGAGCGUCGUGUGGCCAGCCGCAUGUUGAGCGCCACUCUCGGAGGAAGGGAGGGCCAGGUGCAGCUGACGGAGCCGGUUAUAAUAGCCUUCAAAACGGAAAAGGUAGACGGGGUUGAGCGAUACCAGCACAAAUGUUCGUUCUGGAACUAUAGCCUUGGUUUCUCGGGCUCCUGGUCCCAGAAGGGCUGUGCCCUGGACAAAACUAACGAUACCCACACGUUGUGUCGCUGUGACCACCUCACCAGUUUCGCAGUUCUCAUGGACAUCCAUAAAACAGAGAUCAAGGGUGUACAUGCGGUGGUCCUGUCAUACAUCACCUACACUGGGAUAUUCAUCUCUGUCAUCUGCUGUUUCUUCAGCUGGCUUACUUUUGUCUGCCACAGCUGUCGCUGCAUCAACGGACAUCGUAGCAGCGCCGACGAGCGGGGUAACAGUGGCGGUAGUAACUAUGCAGGCUCCGCCUCUCGGUCCGUUAACGGGGAGCGGAACUCAAUCCACAAACAUCUCGUGUUCACAAUAUUCGUGGCGGAAAUCCUCUUCCUUGUCGGUAUACAGAGGACGGAUGAUAAGAUUGCGUGUGCGGUGAUCGCGGGCGUGCUGCACUUCUUCUUCACAUCAAGCUUCUUCUGGAUGCUUCUAGAGGGUAUCCACAUCCUCUUCAUGCUCGUCCAGGUGUUUGAUGCCGCCCGGUCAAGGGUCAAAUACUACUAUCUCGUCGGAUAUGGAUUCCCACUUUUAAUUGUUGGAAUAUCUGCUCUGGUUUAUCAUGAUGGAUAUGGAACUGAGAAAUAUUGCUGGUUGACAUCGGACAGAAUGUUUUUAUGGAGUUUCGCCGGUCCCGUAGCAUUUGUAUUACUGGUGAACCUGUUGAUAUUGAUAUACGCCAUGACAGCGGUGUGUAAACAUUCAGAGUAUGUUUUCACGAAGGAAAAGUCUCCGACAGGAAACAUAAGGGCAUGGAUCCAAGGAGCCCUGGCCCUUGAAGUGCUGCUGGGCCUCACGUGGGUGUUUGGCUAUUUCUACAUCAGCGAGGAGGCCCUUCCAUUCGCAUACCUUUUCACCAUUUUCAACUCCCUCCAGGGCCUCUUCAUCUUCGUAUUCCACUGUGUACUCAAUAAAAAGAUCCGUAAGGAAUUCCAGCGAUUUAUCGACUACACGCGGAGGCCGACGUCCAGCGGCACCCACUCCACCAAGGCGAACGCUUCCGGUCACUCCAGUGGCCUCCAGCUCCACCUACGCCCAGAGCCAGGCUUCUCUGACGACUCUAAAACCGCCAACGGCAAGGACCACCGCACGUCCACUGAUGCGUGAACAUCCGGGUCCGGGUAUCACAAGGAAGAAAUUACAUGAUAAUUAUUAAUCCAGCCACGUGCAUGAUAAUGGCACGUUGUCUAUGUUAUUGUAAAUUAUACCUGUAUGCAUUGUCUCUUUAUCAAACCACGUGUGACUCGUGCAUGAUUAUGACACGUGGUCUAUGUUGUUGUAAAUCAUACCUGUACGCGUUGGCUCUUAAACACAUAGCGUGUGACUCGUGCAAUAAAAGAAUUGUAGAUUAAAAGUGACAGCACGUUAGAUACGUUGAAAUAUUGAUGAGGAUCCUAAAAAGUUCAUCAACAAAUUAUUAUUUUGAAAUAUUCGUAUGAACAUGUUGACGGAGCUUUCUUGCCAAGCUUAACUGUGUGUAUUAUUCAAAAACUGAUCAUUAUGUACUGGUGUCUCUCUAUUUAAUGUGCUUGUUUACUAUUGUGUGGACCAUUUUUCUUGUUCACAGGAUGUUAAAAAAGCAAUGCUUUACUAGGGCAGGGGCGAGGUGCUAUGAAGUACCUAUGACGCAUUUUGUUCCUAGGAGCGAUCUUGUAUCUAGGACGCAUUUUGUUCCUGGGAGCGAUCUUGUACCUAGGACGCAUUUUCUUCCUAAGAGCGAUCUUGUACCUAGGACGCAUUAGGUUCCUAGGAGCGAUCUUGUACUAGGACGCAUUUUGUUCCUAGGAGCGAUCUUGUACCUAGGACGCAUUUUGUUCCUUUGAGCGAUCUUGUUCCUAGGACGCAUGUUGUUCCUAGGAGCGAUCUUGUAGUUAGGACGCAUUUGGUUCCUAUGAGCGAUCUUGUACCUAGGACGCAUUUUGUUCCUAUGAGCGAUCUUGUACCUAGGACGCAUUUUGUUCCUAUGAGCGAUCUUGUUCCUAGGACGCAUGUUGUUCCUAGGAGCGAUCGUGUACCUAUAGGACGCAUUUUGUUCCUAUGAGCGAUCUUGUUCCUAGGACGCAUGUUGUUCCUAGGAGCGAUCUUGUACCUAGGACGCAUUUUUCCUAGGAGCGAUCAUGUACCUAGGACGCAUUUUUCCUAGGAGCGAUCGUGUACCUAUAGGACGCAUUUUUGAACAAAAUGUUUUAGCAAUAUUUAACAUAGGAGCGAUGUUGUACCUAGGAGCGAUGUUGUACCUAGGAGCGAUGUUGUACCUAGGAGCGAUGUUGUACCUAGGAGCGAUGUUGUACCUAGUAGCGAUAUUGUACCUAGGAGCGAUGUUGUACGUAGGAAUAAUUGUGAUUUCUACAUUGCUGUAAUCUUGUUUAAUGUCCUUCCUAAAAUACGAAAUUGCUCUAAGGAUUUUUCAUGAAAAGAACCUCUAAGUUUUUAUGUUGUUUUUUUAUACCGAUGUUGAACUCGUAUGAAUUCUGUGAUACCACUCCAUGUAGUCAUUUCAGCAUACUUUUUGAUUGAAACUUAUCUUUAAGUAUUUCCUUCUAUCUGUAUAAACAUGCUUCAAAUGCAAUAAAAUCUGUCAAAACAA